AUGACAGUCCAGCAGGGGGUUGCAGUUGUGCGUAGCAUCAUGUGGCUCAGCCACGCCACCAAGCUUUUGCUCGCGUCGGUUGCGAUCCUGCUGACUAAGAGCGAGACGCAAAAGCCGUCGGUCGCUAUCCCCAAACCCAUCGACACAACUCUCCACCCAAAGGACACCCCGAGAAAACAGGGUUUAUGUCCAUCGAAAAUCUCCGGACUGUUGAACUUCAGGAUUGAGCACAUACUGACAGGGUCUUUCUACCCCACCUCAGACCCCUUCGCCGAAGCCGACGAGGACACUGGUGAUAAAACUAAUGCGCAAGCGCAGUACAUCCACAUCCGCAUCCAGCAGCGCAAUGGACGCAAAACCUUGACUACGGUGCAAGGCAUCCCGAAGAAGUUUUCCCGCAAGAAGAUCUUGUCCACUGUCAAGAAACAAUUCGCUUGCAAUGGCACCAUCGUGACCGACUCGGAGAUGGGUGAUGUCAUCCAGCUUCAGGGUGAUCAGCGCAAGGCCAUGCACGAUUUCCUCAUCGACAAGAAGCAGGGGCUCGAGAUGGAUCCCAAGACCAUCAAGAUCCACGGUUUCUAG